CAUUCUUCUUCAUAUCUUCCAUAUCCAGGUCGUAUGUCUGCCACCUCACCGUUAACAUCCGAAGGAGGAUCUACCUACUCGCUCCAGGUUCAAUCCUGCGAUUGCAGCGGCCUCUGCAGCGACACCAUCCCAGUCAACAUCCACGUCUCGCAGCAAUGCCAGCCAGGUUGGAAGGGUGUCCCCAAGCGCAUUGAGUACCUCCCGGGAUCAAAGGCCACACCCUUGGCGCCCAAGGCCUACUUGGAUACCUGCGGACGCCUGUUGUGCAACUCGUCAUCGCUGACCACGACCGUGACGCUUCAGACUGAUCAUAUCGGGUUCGGCUGUGAUAGAGAGACCUACUCCACGCAGUCUCAGCGUACGCUUUGCAAUGCUGAUGCAGGAACCUACGACCUCCUGCCCCGCCCUAACGCUGGUGAGCAAUGGACCAAGAAGCUUACUUCGGACAACGGCAACGAGAGUGACCAGAUCUACCAGUUUGAUGGGGUCAGGGAUGCUGUCAUCGUUCCCGACCAGUUUGCCCCGCCCGACAACCUCACCUCGACAUUCUCCAUCUCCUUUUGGAUGAAGCAUCGGAACAUCGUCGGGGGAGAUCCGGAGUAUAUUGUUUGCAAAUCAGACAGCAAAGGUCUGAGUCGGCAUCACUAUGGCCUGUACGUCCACAACUGUAGGUUGGUGUUCGUCUCUCGGCAAGAGACGGGUGAUGGUUUCUACCCAUCCAUGUAUCGGUGGAAACUCAAACAGGUCUGCGAUCAGGAGUGGCAUCGUUACACCAUCAACAUCGAGGAGUUACAGGCCUCCUUAUUCAUUGAUGGAGAAGCUCAGAUCGGUCCUAGAGUAUCAGAGGACUGGCCACUCCAUCACACUGCUAAUCCUACAGCUACUACUGUAGGAGCAUGUUAUAAAGGAGCUCAGGACAAGUUUGCUAACUACUUCCAGGGCUACCUUGCCGGCCUUAGCAUCCUCCCCGGUCACAUCGAAACCCCAGAGGUGGUCACCUGUAUGGUCAGAUGCAAAGAGGGUCUAUCGUUCAACGUCGGCAACCUACCAGUCAGCGUGGCUCGCAUCAACACUGCCCGCACCAACCUCACCCUUUCUGGUGAACUUACUGAACAAUUUUCCAGUGUACUUCAACAGGUUGCCUAUGUGAAUGAAAGGACUUUCCCCACCCAGGGCCGACGCCCCCUUUCUAUCUCUACCAAAGCAAGCUGCAACGGUGUUGAGAUCACCAUCCCAGAUGUCUCCUCCUAUGUGAUGGUCCUGCACCCCCAUGAACCUACCAUCAGCAUCACCGGAUCCCAGGCAACAUCUCAGACCAUUGCUAACCUAGUGGCUGGCAUCAAGCCCUUCAAGACCGUCACCAUUGUCAGCAUCAUGACUGAACAGGAGGAAGAGGAACUUGGUGCAGAGCAACAAGAAGUGACUGGUGGUAACACCCCAGAACUGAUCACCCAUAACCUAGACUCCUGCAGUGUACUGGUCAAGCAGGGCCAGCUGAUGGACGGAGAAACACUGACCAUUCCGGAGGAGGUCCUUCAGCAGCAUGGCUUGACCGUGGUCAACUCAGACUCUGGGAUGGUCAUCAAAGGACUAGCUACAUUGAACGAUUAUCAGAACGUUUUGAGGCAAAUCUCUUACACUCAGUCAUCGUCGGGUAAAAGCCAGGAUCGUCGUCUCACCCUUCACUGCUCAGAACUCAAUGGAAGAUUUGUCAGCAAUGACUUUGACGUUAGGAUCGGAGUCCUUCAUCAAACAAUGCGUGCCCUGAAUAAACCAAGUCACGUCAAGCAGUCUGUGAUGUUCAGUCAUAACAACGUGAGAGUUCAUGACCAGCUCAAAGAAAAACAUUCUCCUCAGCAUAUUACAUCAUCAAAGAGCGCAAUAUCAAGUACAGCAAUGGCGAUUGUUGUCGUUCUCUGCGUGGGAUUCCUACUCUUUAUGAUCGUCCUUGGCGUGUUCCGUAUCUACGCUGCCCACAAGGCUAACAGAGCGUUCGACGGUCAAGACAUGGAUUGGGACGAUUCGGCCCUCAACAUCACAGUAAAUCCCAUGGAAGGGCCAAUACCAACAGGAGACACCGACGAAUCGAGCGAAGACGACGACGAGGAUAGUUUGGAAGACGAAAGCUCCAGUUCAGAAGAAGAGGAAGAAGAAGUUUGCGUCGAAAUCAAAGGGACGCCGUUAGAAUGGGAUGAUUCAACAAUGAAAUUCUGAAAACAACCCUAAUCGUAUUCUCCAUCAAAUCCCUCCUUCUUCGCUCAAUCAAUCCUUGCCUUUCUCCAUCCUCUUAUCCUCCUUUUCCAUCCCUAUUCCUUCCCUUUUCUUUUUAAAACUCCUUCAUUUUUUUUUUGGCCAACUUCUCUCAUUUUAAACUUUGCAAUCGAACCUUUCUCCUCCUAAAUUCAAAGCAUUAUUAUUAUAUUGUACAAAGAGUGGUUGAUUUUUUUUCAACAAAGAUCUUUAAUUUUCACUUCAUGUCUAAAAUGGUCUCUAAUUGUACAAUUUUAAUUGCUGUUGUGAAAAGUUUGUGUGGUUUUUUAUGCUUAUUUGUUAUAAGAGUGUUUAUGAUUAUUUGGUCGUUUAAAAGCUAAGUUUGUUUUUUGAAAUAUGUAAUGUUGGUAUUAUAAAGGACUUAAACUGUGAUACAUUAAAGGCUGAAUUUGUGAUGAAAAUGAGUUAAUUUUAGACAAACAUCAACCCAUAGAGGAACAACAUUUCCUACAGCGGGCUACAUUUGCAGUUUCUUACUCACCCUAAUUCUAACAAUCACACAUUGAAUAUGAUAAGAAAGAGAAAACAUUCUGAAAAAAAAAAUUAUACCAUUCCCAGUGCAGUAUGACAUGCCAUUGCUGAAUUAAAGCUGUUCAACUGAAGCUAAUCAUUACACUCUUUAAAUUGGCAAUGUGUUGAAAAUUAUAUUAAAAACUGCAAACGGCCAACUUUUCUUAAAAUUUGCUAUUAUCAUUGAAAAUAGAAAAUCGUUAUUCAUAAAUACGAAUUUGCAACUGUUCAUCAUAUCUUGUUAUUGUCAUUCAUUUGACUCAAGUUUUCACCACAUUUCAUUGUUUUCAGACUUUUAAAUUGGGUAAAGAAUAAACAAUUAUUGCCAAUUUGAGGAGUAAAAGCUAACUUGUUGUGGAAUGUUGUUACUCUAUGGGUUUAUCCUAUCAUCAGUCAAUAAACUAGAUGUGUGAGGUGUUGAAUGUCGGUGGAUAUUUUUUCUGAAUACCUCAUUAUGUUAGCGGUGAUUGCCAACUAGAAAAUUAGGUUCAAAAUAUUUCUUUCUUUACACUCCUAGCCGUGCAGACACCAUACACGCCGUUUCAUUUACAAAUAUGUAACAAGUACUCCACAUAUAUAAAUUAAUGGUAUAAAAAAUACUGCCGAAGAGUGGAGAAUUAUUCCAAAAGGUACUACUUUCACCUGUAUUACUUUCAAGAAAAUUGCAUUUGUUAACAAAACUUUGCCUAUGAAUGAAAGCUAUCACAGAGCUUUUGCAUAAAGACAGGUCUCAAGGGGAAGUAUAUUCUGGUAUUGAUAAUUCCAUUUUCAUCAUAGGUGGAGAUAUCGCCUCUUGGCAUCUAGCUCUUUGAUGAGGCCUGCCAUCCAUAAGUAGAUGGUAACCUUGACUAACACUGCCCCUAUCUCAAUUCUUACCUCUUGAAAACACCCCUCCCACUUUAUAUGCCGCUCUCGAGAUUCGUUGGCGAUUUUUCUUAUUUUAAAGUUGUAAAUUGAUUUUGACCAAUUAUAUAUUAAUGUAUUUUUUGAGAAGAGAAGAAAUGUAUGACUAUAUCUUAUUAUCUUGUAAUUUAUGCUGUACUACAAAAAAAAAGAUGAAAACAGUGGCAUUUUUAUGAUAUUGUUAGAAAAAAAUAUUAGAUUAGUAGUGUUGGACAUGUAGUUUUAAAGAAGAUAAAAAAUGCAAUAAUAAUGGCUUCUUGCAGUAGAGAGGAGUGAAAAAGUAUAAGAAACGCAGAGUGAAUUAGACAAAAGUUUAGUUACAUGUUAUUUUGCUGGAGUUAUCAUGAUUUUAAUUCUCAAACCAAGCCUCUCUUUAUACCUCAUAUUCAAAAGACAAAUCUUCUCAUAUUCUUAUCAUGACGAUAUUGAUGCUAAAAGAAAAUUUUAUUUAUUGCUAACCAAUUGUUUCAUGUUUUUUAAUGAUUCAUUCUCUGUGAUGGUCCUUUAUUAUAAACCAGUAUUUUUGUUACUUAAUUUGAAAAUCAUGCUAUCCUCACAAACAUAAAAGCUUGUAUAUAGAUCCUGAAAAAUAUAAGUUGUAUAAAGUGAAACCUGAAGUUGCAUAAAGCCUCAUUUGUAAAUCUGCAAAUUUAGGUUUAGGUCAAACUUUAUCUUGCUUCAUUGAGGAUAUUAUACUUUUAUUGUUCCAAUUAUUGCUUUUGUUUAGCUUUUUCAGUCAGAGACGUUAUCGUACUUGCUUUUGGAAAAUAAAUCUUAAAGGAAUAUAAUUACUGAAAGUAUUAUAUUAAAUAAAUGUUGCAGUAAAUAUUAUAUUUGUGUACAUUUGUAUGAAUGUGAAGGUUUUUUCCAUUUAUCUUAGCCAUUUAUGUGUAUAAAACUGAUGUAAAUUGAAUAAGGGAGUUCUGUGUUCACUUCGUUUCACGUUUGGUUUUGCGUUUCAUCAAUGUUUUAAGGUUUUUCCGCAAUGGAUAGAUCACAGUAGAUUUUUCCUACACUGAAUGUUGAAUAUUUCCUGAUGACUGGUAUCCCACCAUUAAAAUGUUACUAUUAUCCAACUCAAAGUCAGCAUUUUUUUAUCACAGUGAAGUACUAGGAUUGUGAUAUUGUAUUGAAUACUUGUCUUUAAUCAUUUUAAUUCUUAACGAUUCAAUCACUCAAAUCUAUUAGCAGGGUUUUUCAAACAUACAAAGACAGAAGUGGUUAAUUACUGAUUGUUUAUUUUAUAUAUAAAUUAUUAUCUAUGAUCAGUAAUUAUUAAUAUAUUAUUUCAAUAGUGUAAUUUGUGAAUUAUACCAUAAUCAUCACUCUAAUUUUACUUUACUAGGGAUGAAACAUGGAUCAAUCUUUGGCUUUUAAAAUCAUGUUCUAAUUAUUCAUAUUACAUAAUCAUAUUCGAAUUUUCUCUGAAAUUGGACGUAUAAAAUCUUUAAUUUGGCUACUGGGAUCUGGGUUAUGAAUCGAACGAUUGCAUUUCAAAGCAUUACCUAUUGGCUUUGCACAUGCAAUUUUCUAUGUGUUUAUAUUGUGUAUAUGAAUAAAUACAUAUAUCACUGUGUACAUUUGGUUAACAAAACACAAAGCUAUUGUGCUGAAGUUGUGUUUGUGGGUAUUGAAAAGUUGUAAAUAAAUCUGAUUAAUUAUGUGUCUAUAGAUUAGAAGUCUGUAGUUUGCACUGAUAAAAAAAAAGGAAUUUCUCAUGGUCAUUAACAGCAUUCAGUAAUAGUUUUGUACUAAGUACUUACAAUCUUUGUUUCUUUCUCAUACAUGAGCCAACAAUCUCAAAUACACUCAUUUUGCAAAAGACAUUAUACAUGAAUGUUCAUUGAUUUUGUUAAUGGUAAUGAAGCCGAUAAUAUGCACAUAGAAUUUGUUUGAUAUUAAUUUUGUGAAUGAUUUUAAAUCUGUGCUUUUGUGAUAAAUCAGUGCUUUCAAACUGAAGAAAAAAAUAUGUUGCACAAAAUUUUUCAAAAGGGGAGCCAAGUUCGAUAACUUCUUAAAGUCGUCUCGCCAGCACAGGAAAUAAGGGAUGGGACUAAGGGUGGGUGCUUAAAUGAUGUGCUUAUUUGGUUGCUGGCUGAGAAGUGUAAAAUCGUGAUUCCAAAAAUCUACCAUACAUGGUAGCUUUAACAUGUUUCUAAGAAUAUUAUUACCAGUUUGACCGAUGACUUUUCUUGUGAGUCUAUUCCCAAGUUUAUUUUGUCACGAUGAUGUAAAAUGAAAGGAUUUUGAUGUUUAUGUUGCAUUUGGCAAUGCUUCUAAGGUAGUCUAAUGGAAAAUCGUCUUAGUGUAUUUGACAUGAAUACGACUUUACAGUGGUCCCAUAUAAUCAAUUACCACAAUAUGAACUGCAUAUAUUGUGUGUCGUGAAAGUUGGAAUAAACUUCAUGACUUUCAUUACAAAGCAACGUAAAUUGUAUACUUUUGACAUUUGUUACGAUUGUUAAAAUUCUAAAGUAUGCACUGGAAAUGAAAUUAUUCGUAUCCGGGGACAACAUUAAUGCAAAUGUUUUCCAUUUUAUUACAUUAUGAAAAUUGCCGACAGCGUUCCAAACAAUCGAUACCAAUCAUGCAUCAACUCGAAAUUUAUUUGGGGACCGAAAGUUGUCGGUCAAAAGGGACAUGCCCUUGAAACUCUGGUCAGGAAAUUAAAGCUCAUAUUUUCAUGUACAUGGUAUGGUAGUAAAGGUGUGUGAGAAAGUUUCAAGUAUGGGAUUCAUUUUCAAGCAAUUUAUAGAGUCAGGAAACGGGUUGAAUUGAAGUAGAAAUUUCACAGUUGAUAGGUCAUUUCAUGAUGGGCCUAUCAGUUGUGGAAAAAGUAUGAGGAUUGUGUGUUAUUUUAAAUUUUGGGGUAUUCACAGGUGAACAGAUAGAAAAGGAGAGAGGAGGAAAAAAUGAUUAUUUCGGUCCUCGCAAGUAUGUAUAUGAAUGAAUAUAUGAUGUAAAAUAAUUGCCGUUUGGUAUUACAUGUACAUGUAAAUAGGAACUGUAGGAUUAAAUUUGUAGAAAAAAAAGAAGAUGAAGAAUUUGAUAUUCCCUUGGUGUUUAACUAAAAGAUAUAUAUCAGGGUGCAAAUUGUACAGUACAUCAAAUAGGAUUCUGGGUCUCGACAAUUAUGCAUUUUGCCGCAGUAGUCAAAUAAAAUUCAAACUAUCAACACUAAA